AUGUCCGCCACAGCCCCCCCAGCCUACGAGCCCCACAGCUCCCCGCCGUCUUACGACUCCCUCGUCGACAAAGUCUGCCAGCUGGUCGGGUCGGACCCGACUCCGCAGAAGUUCAUCGAUGCCGCCGCCACGCUCUCCGAGAGUGAGAUUGAGAUCCUCAAGGACGGUGGUGACUUCAGCGACCCAAUCAAGAACGAAAGGGACAACAAAGUCUUCAGCACGGGCGCAGCGAAGGGGCUGGCGUCGCCCGAGUGCACAGAGCACCUGCGCGCAGCGUCGAACGCGGCAGUUGAGGCGUCCAACGAGAUCGAGCGCCUCUUCGUGAGCCUGCACCUCAAGAUCGCGCAGAUCGACCGCAUCCAUCAUUCCGGUUUUGAGGAUAAGUUGGUUGAGAACCAGGUGGCAUAUCGAGUGCUUCUCGCCGACAGUCGGAACCUUGCGACCGAUAUCGCGGUUCAUGGCAAUCGAUUCGAUGACAUGAUUAUCCCCUUCUGCUUCGAUGAAAGCAUUUCCGUAGAUAGUCGACGCACAGUGCUGAACCGGUUUAUUGAUCAAAUGGAUACAGCGCAAGCCGAUGCCCGUACCAUGGAGCACAAAUUCAGCGAGCUCCAGACAAACUUCACCUCGUUCAUCGCCGACUUCUCUGUCUGGGCCCGUGACCGGGAAGAGCAGCUCAAGCAGGAGAUUGCCCGGGUGCUGGAGGAGCUCGAGGAGCUGCGCGACAAGCUAACGUCGCUGAAUACCUCGAUCCUCGCGCUCGGGGGUGGCGCGCUGCUGCUGCCGGCCAUCACCGCGUUGGCCGCCGCAAGUGGCAUCCUCGGGCCUUUCCUUGCGAUUGGUGGGCUGAUUGCGCUUGGAGUGAGUGUCGCGGCAAUUGUCUCGAUGGCGGCGCUUGCAGUCGCCAAAGCCGCUACCGAGUCGCAAAUCCGCUCCAAGGAGCGGGAGAAAGCCUCGCUCGAGAAUCAGAUCGAGCAGAUCCGCCUGACCCGCCAAGAGCUCAUGGACGUGGGCGAGGACAAGCUCGAGGCCUUCCGCGUCAACAUCAAUGUGCUGCAGUCAGUCUGGACCAGUGUGGCGGCGGAUACACGCCUUAUCUCCGGCUAUCUCAAUGGUGCGCUAGAGCUUGCGGAUAUGCCGGAGUGGAUGCAGUGGGACUUGGAGAGUGCGAACUCCGUUUACAAGCCAAUGGCGGAGUAUUUGACCAACUAUGCCAAGGGGACUCCGAGCUAA